CGGAGUGUGUCGGAAAACUCCCUGGUGGCCAUGGACUUCUCAGGGAGAAUAGGCAGGGUGAUCAAGAACCCUCUAGAAGCUCAAAGCGCCGCCAUGGAAGAGGGACACGCAUGGAGGAAGAGGAGUCAACGAUUGAACGUGCUGGGCUGCCACAGUCCUCUCCACCACUCUUCACUAAGCUCAGUGAUCCACGUGGCGCAGCUGUGGUUCCACGGCCGGAUAACCAGGGAGGAGUCGCACCGCAUCAUCCACCAGCAGGGACAAGUGGACGGGUUGUUUCUGCUGAGGGUCAGUCAGAGCAACCCCAAGGCGUUUGUACUCACACUGUGCCAUCAUCAGAAAAUCAAACAUUUCCAGAUACUACCGUGUGAAGAGGACGGACAGAUCUUCUUCAGCCUUGACGACGGCUCGACCAAGUUCACUGACCUGAUCCAGUUGGUGGAGUUCUACCAGCUCAACAAAGGGGUGUUGCCUUGCAAACUGAGACACCCGUGCACCUUUGUGGCCUUAUGACCUCUUCCAGCGCCCUGACACAUCCCCCACCACCGCUCACAACGUCAUUUUUCCCUCUUGUUUUGUGUCGGUUUUUUCGUAUACAUUUUUCUCGUCUGGAGAAGCGGGUGAAUGAACUGAUGCUUCCGUUUGUUGUUUUUCUUGAUAUUUUUUACGACGGACUCUGCUGGAGACUGCUGAGCUAAUUUCGGGUGGUUUUGUGGGUUGGUCGUUACGGUUGGAUGGACAAAUCAAGGCGCUCAACACAUCCAAUCAGGUGCAAGGAAGACGAACAGGAACGCAAGGAGCUUUUAUGGACAUAAUGGACCAGAUGAAUCUGCCAUUUUAUUUUAUUUUGUUUAAAUGCUGUCACAUAAUCGUUCAAUCCCCCAUAAAUACAAUCAACCAAUAAACUGGUCACUCGCAAUUAGGCAUUGUGUUGCCACUGCGAACACAGGUUUAACUGUUAACUGAACAAUCAGCAGGUUGCUGUUUUGUUCUGUAACAUUAUUUUUUUAAUCCCACCACCGAUAGAUGUUAAUGUUUAGCAUCAUUUAGCAUAUCUCUUAUUUGCACUCCUUAAUCUAGAGCAUGCUUUUUGACAUCACUCAUGGCUGUAUCUAUCCUCGGUCCUGUUACCGGCUAGUCACUUGAUAGCACCGUACAACAUCGCCCUCUGAGGUCCAAUACAUGUAAGGACAUGCAAGAUCUAUUUUACAACGGGGAAAACCUAGAGGUUUUGGUGUCACUGAAGUUAUGCCAUUUUAAUCCCUGCCGAGGUCCGUAACCCUCACGAGAGGAUGAAUGCGUGACAAGUUUUGAAACCAUUUAUAAUAUCACACAAACCUGAAAAAGGGAACAUGGACAACAGCAAUGUACAAUAAGAGGUGUUAUUUGAUCAAGAUCUUUAAAGUGCUCAUAGUGGUUCUCCUUCAAAGAUGAUUGCUCCGACCACACAGGAUGUUUUUCUGCCACUGCUUAUUCUUGCUUGUCUUUCCGUUGUUUUGCGUCUCAUUGUCACUCUGUAGGCUUUCUGUUUACGUGAUGGGCUACCAAGAUCAGCCGCCAUUCUACAUUGGUUUACUGCACAGCUCAUGUUCCCUGAGAUAACAAAUAACAGGGCCUUAAGUCUUCCACAUCGCCCGUUCACAAGAAAAUGGUAGAGCAUUUUAUUCAGGUUAUUUCAACACCGUGAUAAAGCUAGUUAUUUUUUCGUUCUUCUGUCAAUACCAAGAUACCUCUGUUAUGCAUUGUGAUGUUAUACAGUCAAACAAGGUCACUCUAUGAGGUUUGGCUUGAAGUGCAGUGGAUUUUCCUCAAGGUAUUAAGUAAACCAAUAUUUAGCCUUGCUGGUUACUGUUAAGCCCCAGGCGGACCAGGAAGGAUAACCACUAGAUUUCCCUUUUUGUAAAAGGUUAACACAAUGCUCCAAGUGUAACUCGGUGGAGUUGAAUAACCGAGGAGGACUGGGAAUACUGUCUCCGCCCAUCGUUCCACUCUAUUAACACCAUGCCAUUGUUGUUAGUAGCGCUUUCCCCCUUCAGAGAACACAGAAGAACUUUGAACUAUUAGAAGUACAACUGGAUCCAUGUCCAACUUGAUUAAGACAACCGUAUACUUAAAGUCAUUAGUCAACCAGAUUUAUUUUUAUUGGAGUUUUGAGCCAAUGUCCAUCUAGGGAACUCGAGUAACAAAAAAAAGGAUAAUGUGACAAAUUAAUCGUCUCUGACACCAUGGGAGUGCACUGGAAUGUAGUCAAAAGGGCAAUGCCAUACACAUUACACUUUAUCAUGACUCUGUUUAUUAGAAUCAGUGAAGGUGUUUAAUUUGCCCAAAUCUUUUUUGUGAGACUUUGACUGUAGCCCAAACUUGCAUUUCUAUAUAAACACCUUCAUAACUUAUAAUACAUCAUAAUUAUUGCUAUACGUCUUUUUAAUUAAUUUUAGUUAUAUACAUCAUGUUGCACUUUAUAUCAUAUUUAAUGGAGCGGUUAUUGAUAAUGCCUUCAGCCAUUGUAAGCUGCAAGUAACUCUUACAAUGCAUUAAUCACUUGUUAUCAUGUAUUAUGAAGGUAUUUAUAGAUUAUUGUAGGUAUGGCCUCACAAAAAGUCACACCUUGUUCAUACCCUUGGUUUGGUCCGUUAACAAACAUAAUCAUACAUUAUACAUCCUUGUUCUUCCCACAGGAUACUAUGUUGGUGUAGUUCAAACUCGCUGUACAGCCUGAUAUAAACCAAUACUGAAUAUCCAUGUAAAAUAUGGGCCCUACACGGUAGUACAGAACUACAAUUACAUAGUACCUUGUGCUUGGCUUGUUAAUGCAAAGAUAAUUUCAUAUAUCUAUCUACUGCUGAUGAUUUUUAUUCAACAAAGCCUUUUAGAAAAUAUAUCCUGGUUAAAGAUUUGGCAUUAUCAGUUUUGAAUCAGAUGAAUUUAUCUUUUAACAGAGUGGUCAACCCAAAUUGCCAUUACAUAGCAAAACAAAAUAUAAAAUCGGUCUUAAUUACAAAUGUUAAUUUACAUGUCGUAAUUCUACAAAAUAAUUUACACAACUCACCUGUUAUUGAGUAUAGUGUGUUAAAAUUGCACCAGAUUGGUUUCCCAUCAUAACAGGUGGUUUUGUAUGUGUUUUUCACGGUUUUAUUUUCCCUGUGAUGCAACAUUAAGAAAGAUUCUUCACUUUGUUUGAUUUGUUAAACAGUCCACGGGUUCUCUUAAGCUAUAUAGAUAUGUUGUGUCACUAUUAUUUAACUCAAAUGUAAUGAAUCAAAUCAGUUUAAAGUAAGUAUUGUUUCAGCGACGUUUAUUUAUUUUUCAUUAAUAGUGAUGACUUGAACCUUUUUCUUUUCUUACAGCGUUUUUUUUUGGCCAUUGACAUGUUGUUGAUGGCCCAUACGAUUAUUAUUUUUUUUUUUAUGUUUGUGUAUUCAAACACCAAUGUGGCAAUGUGAAGUUAUACAUACACAAAUUACAACGUUGAUUCUUUUUUCAUUUGAAAUAAAAACAAUAUAUUUUUUCCCGUU